GAUUUUCUCGAGAGGCGCGCGCGCGAGCUGGCGAUCAAUGCCGCGCGCUCCGUGCUUAGAAGACUACACUGCAUGAAAUUGAAGGAAAGCCAAAGACAAAAGCCUCAUAAUGUCUGAGAGAAAAGUAUUAAACAAAUACUACCCACCCGAGUUUGACCCGUCAAAGAUCCCUAAACUCAAACUCGCCAAGGAGAGGCAGUACACGGUCCGAAUCAUGGCUCCAUUUAACAUGCAAUGCAAAGUGUGUAACGAGUACAUCUACAAGGGAAAGAAGUUCAAUGCCAAGACAGAGAACGUUCACAAUGAGAACUACUUGGGUCUGCGCAUCUAUCGCUUCUAUAUCAGGUGUCCGAGGUGUAUCUCCGAAGUGGUCUUUAAGACUGAUCCUGAAAACACAGACUAUACCCUGGAACAAGGAGCUACGAGGUUAUUUGAAGCAGCCAAGCUCUACCAAGCAGCUGAAGAGGAAGAGAAAAGACAGGCAGAGGAAGAUGCACAGAAUCCUAUGAAGGUGCUGGAGAACCGGACCAAGGAUUCCAAAAAUGAGAUGGAGGUGAUGGAGAACCUGGAAGAGCUGAGGGAGCUCAAUAUGAGACAGUCUGCCAUCAACUAUGAGGAGAUUCUAAAACAAGGAGCCGAGCAGGAGGCCCUUCGGCUGAAACAACAGGAAGAGGAUGAUGAAGAGGAAAUCAGGAGAUUAUUUGGCAAAGGAGGUGACGGUAUAGUAAUAAAGAGACUCAACGAUGACGACAGCGAAGACGAUGAAUCCCCCAGUGUUUUCAAAGUUCCAUCAUCCUCUUCAUCGUAUAAACGACCUACAGAUAUUCUUACAGAUGAAUCCAGUGGGCCAUCAGGUGCCAAGAGGCAGAAGGUAGGAGAAUCUUCAAGGUCAACUUCAAAGUCAUCCUCAAGGUCAUUUCUAGCUGGCCUGGUCAAGGUCAAAAAGAGCGAUAGCAGCAACAAAGCUGAUCAUGGAAAUACAAGUACAUCGUCGGAAUGUAAACCAGAGGAGGUCCUUGGAUCUGCAUCGAAUCAAUCAGAUGCUGCAACAGACGCAGCACAAUUAUCAGUAGGUGGGACUGCACCAACAGACACAGCACGAUCUUCCGUUGGUGGGACUAGAGACAUUGAGAAGAGAACUGAAUCUAGUGAAUCACAAAGCAAGAACUCUGAUCAGGCAACGGAUUCCGAGGAGGCCGAGUCCACCUUUGCGAGUAGCAUACAAGAAGGACUCAAGAAGCAGAAGGUUGAAUCGCAAAAGGUCGCUAAAGAGAAGUCAAGUGGAUUAAGUCUGCUUGGUGGGUAUGAUUUUAGUGACAGUGAUAUCAGUGAUUCAGCUUCAGACUCGUGAAUGAGCUCCAGGAUGGUAAGAAAAUGGUAUGAGAUUUUAUUGGCCCGUGGUAUUAAUCUCUUUACACUAAAAAAAGCAUUUGAAUCAGGGCUUGAAUCUGUCAUCUUGAUAGUAAUAAUAAUAAUGAUAUAAAACUGUAGUCAAAUUGGAUAAUGCUUAUCAGAGGCCCGUAAUACAAAUCUUAGCAAUGAUCGUAGACACUUUUCUAUGAUUGAUUCAAUUGAAUACAAUGUACAAUCAGUCGUAAAAAUGAAGCGUACAAUUAAUCGCUAACUUUUGUGUUACGGGCCCAGAUUAUACAUGUAAUACACAAAUAGUAUACAUCAUCAAGGGAAUUAGUUGGAGUUACAUGCACAAGGCAAUUCCUGAUAUGCCCAAGGCAUAGCUGAGGGCAUCUACAAUGUAGAUUGUUUCAAAGGUAAUAAGUGUGUAUAUUUAUUCUCAUGCCUAAGCAACACAAUGUCUAUUAUACAUGUAUUUAUUGCAUUAGAGAGAUGUGGAUCCUUGUUUACUGGAUUAACCAUCCUCUCAUAGGGUUCCCACAGUCGAGGAAAAUCCUGGAAAAAUUUGUGGUCGUGUAAAGUCAGGGAAAAGUCAGGGAAUUUGGAAAAUUUGUGAAAAGUCGUGGGAUUGCAUUUUCCUCUUGGCUAUGGCAGCUUUCCAGUUUAAUCUAAAUGUUUUUUCUAAGUUGAAGCAAUAUUUAAAACCAGGUUCUAUAAAUUAUGUGAUUUUAUCCCUUUUUAAUACCUCGGUCACAUUUGUUCUACAGCGGCCGUACGGCGAGUCGAAAACGGCCGUUUUAACAUUUGUUGGUACCAGCUACAUACAGGUGGUUUUAGUAAAAAUGAAUAAAACGGCUGUUUCGACUCGCCGUAGAGCAAAUGUGACCGUGGUAUACAUGUAAGUCGGGUCCCCAAGACAAAUUCAUGCAAAUUUCUGUGGAUCCUAGAGAGUCGAGUUUUACCAAGUUGUUUUGUGUCCGGACGAUCAAUAUUAGAAAAGUAUUUGGAAAAAUUUACUACAAACGAAGUUUUAUCAAUUUUUAGUACAAAAUAUUACAAAAUAUUAUAGAGAAUAAAAUAGAAGAUGAUUAGAUCUAGAUCUACAACUAAUGAAUUAAUAUUUUAAGUUUAAUCAAAAGAUGAAAAAGAAGGCUUCAAAAAUGUUAAGUGUAUCCGGAUACCCGACCCCCCCUCAUAAUACUUUAUUAUCUCUUUUAACAUGGUAUGCAGUCCUUUAAAAUAUAUACCUAACAAACUAAAAAUAUUAAAAGCUCCAGCCAAAACGAUAAAAAUGUUAUGAUCCUGCUCGUGUUUACCUCAAACAGAUGGCCAGCCUCUCUCGUGGCGAAAUUUGGACUCGGAAUGUUGUUGUUAUCUUCUGGAUAUCAUGGUUGACCAAUCCAUGCAGCUCACGGAAUUGUGCCAUGUUCAUCCGGAAGUAUCCAUAAAACUUUUCUUGGUCACUCUCCAAUUCUUUGUAUAGGACAGAAUAUUCUCUGCGUACAUCUCUCUUUUAGCUUGCUCUCUCAGGGCCAUACUGCCAUUCGUAUGUUCGUCCAGUUAAUGUAACAAACUUUUUAUGGUGUCUUAAUAUUUAUGAAUAGUUUUUGGGUGCUGAUCUUGCUUUUAUGACUGUAGAAUUCUACUACUGGUUUGAAUGUUUCUUUACUUCUCCUGGUCAUGAACAUGGUGAAAGUUCUCUGUGACUACAAUGACUGUCUUAAUCUUCAAUUAAGUUUGCAAUUGACUCACUUUCUCGUUAUUUUGUAUUGUAUUAUGAAAUAGAAUAUGAUACACAUAGUAGUUUCUGCGCCAAACAAAUAACAUUUUUAUUAUUAUCAUCAUUAUUAAAAACCAAAAUUUUGAUUGCUCCCUGGAUGCUGCCAAAGAAAAUGUCAAAAGCUCAGUAUCUUGCAUAAUCAAUUGUUCAAUUUUUGU